AUGGGGAUCAAAAGCGCUUCCCCUUCCGAUGCUCAUAUCUGCAUCAUCGGCUCUCUUAACAUCGACUUUGUGACUUCAACUCCUCGAUGCCCCGGCCCCGGUGAAACGCUGACGGCCACCUCGCUUUCCGUGGCCGCCGGGGGCAAAGGUGGAAACCAAGCGACCGCGUCCGGGCGCGCUUCAUUUACUUCCAAGGAUAGCCAAGAUGUUACCGUCACUAUGAUUGGUGCAGUGGGUGCAGAGGAUGUAUAUUACUCGACUCUGCUUAAGCCUGCUCUUGAAAAGUCCGGUGUGAACACCGCCAGUAUCGAAGAGUUGACAGAAGCCCAAACCGGGUCAGCCAGUAUUAUCGUCGAAGAAGCCGUUGGAGGCGAAAACAGAAUUCUCGUCGUACCAGGAGCCAAUCAUGCUGGCAUGAUGAAUGAUGUUGCGCAGAUUAUCUCUGUUGUAAAGCAACAGAAGACCAAUCCAGGAGUUAUUGUCAUACAAGGAGAAAUCCCCAGGAAAACUACUCUCGGUCUGCUGGAGUAUUUCAAUGGCGGCGUUUCUGCUGUUGAUCGGGCACACGUUAUCUUCAAUCCGGCGCCCGUGUUUCCAGAGGGUAUUCCGCUGGUAUCACUGAAGCACACUUCUGUCCUUAUAAUGAACGAAACCGAGGCGGUGCAGAUGUCACGAUCCAUUACAGGGCUCCCCGUCUCCGACCUCGACCAGCUUGAAGAACUGGAUAGCCUGCAGCCCGACAAGCUGGCGCUUCAAUUCCAUGAUUUCGCCAAUGUCAAGAUUGUUCUGAUUACUCUUGGUGCCAAGGGUGUUUACUUUUCCACCUGCAGCGGUCGUCGGGGCUCGAUAAAAGGAGUGAAGGUUCCCAAGGUCAUCGAUACAACCGCUGCUGGUGACACCUUCGUCGGAUAUUUCUCAGCCGCUCUCGCACGUUUCCUGGCCAAAGAUGCGGACUUGGAAGCAUUCGAUGAGGAGAUUGAACAGGCGGUUGAGAAGGCAAAUGCAGCGGCUGCACAAUGUGUCCAGCGCCGAGGUGCCAUGCAAAGCAUCCCUUUUGCGUAUGACAUGGAGUGA